AUGGAGAAGAAAAAGGAGGAGAGGCAAGAUGGAGUACACAGUGACACCUCUGGAUACUCAGGCACUAAUAACUAUGUGUACGUGACUCUGGUGGGUGAGAAAGGAGAGAGUGAGAGAACAGUUCUGGACAACCAGGGCCUGGAUCUCUGCAGAGGCACAGUUGAUGACUACAUAGUGCAGAGCUCAGCUCCUCUGGGCCGUGUUCUGCUGGUGCGUUUGGAGAAGCAAAGGUACUGGGUGGAGGAUAACUGGUUUUGCCGCUACGUGUUGGUGACUCCCACAGGAGGGGGUGACAACCAGACCUUCCCCUGCUACUGCUGGCUGGUGGGGGAUGUGAAAGUGGAGGUGCGAGAAGGCACAGAAUACACUAUGAAACACUGGAAGGAGGACUGGUUUUUCGGCUAUCAGUUCCUAAAUGGCUCUAACCUGAGAAUGAUCGGAAGGUGUAGGAUAUUGCCGUCUAACUUCCCUGUCUCUGGUGAUAUGGUACAGGCCUUUUUAAGCCCCAACACCACCCUGGACAAAGAGCUCAAGGCUGGAAAUAUGUACCUUGUUGACCAUGGCAUAAUGGAUGGUGUCCCUGUGAAUGUGAUCAGAAAUAUAAAGCAGCACAUAGCAGGCCUCAUUCCCAUCGCCAUACAGCUUGAACAGAAUCCCAGCCGAGAUACACUGAUCUACCUCCCCAGCGACCCACCCUUUGCCUGGCUGUUGGCUAAAAUGUGGGUCUGUCAUGCAGAGUUCCAGGUGUUCCAGGUGCACUACCAUCUUUUGCACACUCACCUUGUAGCUAGAAAUGAAUUUCUCUCUCUCUUGCUCCAUCUCUCUUUCUCUUUCCUCCACAGUUUUGUCUCCAGAAUGGUGUCUCUGUACUAUAGCAGUGACAGUGAAGUGCAGCAGGACACAGAACUGCAGGCGUGGGUUAAGGAUAUAGUGGAUGAAGGCUUCGUAGAGCUGCCUGAGAUUGGACUGGCUAAUGAAGUAAAGACAAAAGAGGAGCUGAUCACUCUGCUGAGUGUUGUCAUUUUUACCACCAUGGCUCAACAUGCAGCAACCAACAAUGGACAGUUUGAUUGGUGUGCCUGGGUACCCAACACUCCUUGCACCGCGUGCCAGCCUCCACCCACAGACAAGAACGCGGUCACUAUGGGGCUGAUCAUCGACACACUACUGGACAUGAGUCAGUCAUGUGAGAUGCCAAUCACACGGCACUUAUGAAGGGCUCAGCCAGAUGCAGAAUUCAAGCUACAGAUACUUCCUCAAGGCAGCAAGCGUAGCCUGCAACUGUCAUGGAAUGCAUGA